GCCAGCUAGGAUUAUUGGAAAUGGCUGAAGUGUUUUGAUUUCAUUUUUUAAAUGUUUUUGAUUAAAUGUAAGCCUAAUUUCAGGCAAUAAUUUAUAGAUCUUCUACUGGUAGAAUAUGGCUCCAACACAUCAAGCUGACUGGAGCCCAAGUGAUUGGCCAGAAUCGCUGCAAGAAUUACGGAGAAUAGACAACCUACUACGAUGUUCUAUUUGCUACGAGUACUUUGAUACUGCUGUCUUGUUCCAGGAAUGUUCACAUAAUUAUUGUUCCCUAUGCAUUCGCCGAGCAAUGGUUUAUGACCCACAAUGUCCUACAUGUUUUGAGAAAACGUCUGGCAAUGAUUUAAAAUGUAACAGGGUCUUAGACGAACUGGUUAAAAAUUUUGUUAAUGUCAGGCCAAAACUUUUAGAUAUAAUCAGAAAAGCAUUAGUACAGAGUGUACCAGAAAAAAAAGAAAAUAUAGAGAUGUCUGAUGAUAGUGCCAGUAAUUUUGAAAUUACACCCAGACGAAUGAGAAUGAAUCUUAAAACUAAGACAAAAAAGGGAAAAUCACCUCAUCUUACUCCAAGGACUAAAAGAAAAAGACAAAAACUUUUAAGUUCAGACAGUGACGACAAUGAUAAUGAAGAUGUAAAGAAGCCACAAGCAAUGGAGAUUGACCCAAUGAAAUCACCCACAAAUACUUCGCAAUCUACAGAUGAUGCAGAAGCCCCUACGUCUUUUGUUGAAUGCCCUGUCUGUGGAGAGAUGAUUAGUUCAAAUACUGUUAACAGUCACCUUGACCUCUGCUUGAUAUCUGGAGAGAAGAAGAGCUCCCUUAGGAGUCGUAAGAAAGCAACUGAUACAAAACUGAAGCAAGAACCAGUUGCUGCGUCAUUGUCCAGGAAAUCCCCAGUGAGACUUGCCUCCUCCUCAACCGAAAAAAAAGUGACAGAAAAAAUAGCUGGAGCAAAUAAAUUUAUACCAGCAGGACCAAAAAGAAAACCAAUUCCAGGAAUAGUGUAUGCCAUUCUAUCAGAAAAGCAGCUCAAACAGAAGCUAAAGGAAUGGAAGCUAUCAACACAAGGAGACAGAAAGACACUGAUCAAAAGGCAUCAAGAUUUUGUGGUAGCAUAUAAUGCACAGUGUGACUCUGUGAAUCCCAAACCAGUUUCAGCAAUUGUUAAAGAACUUGAGAAUAAAGAAAAAAGAAAUACAAAGCUKUUAAAGGCUACCUCUACUGUUCCUAAUCUAAAUAGAGAUGCGACUGAAGAACAAGUGGAAAAAGUGCACAAACAAUAUUUACAAGAAAAUAAAGGUCAGUUUGAAAAACUGAUAGAUGAAAUAAAGGAAAGAAAGCAGACAGGAAACACACUUGAUGAUAAAUCUAGUACAGAAUCGGUUGUUAUUAUUGAUGAUGAGGACUCGAAGAGCAGCUCGUCUUUUGGAAUCUUUCAGCAGAUUGACACAGAAAAUAAAAGUGAAAAUAAAAAUGCCCAGCAACUUCAUUCAAAGGAUCAAAGAAAUAAGAAUUGCAGCAAAUCUUCACCAGAAGGCAACUUGAGAAAAGAAGAAAUAUCUGCAGCAUUUCAAUUAAGUGAAAAUAAUCAAAAGCGAGUUCCUGAACCACCUUUAAUGUCCAAUCUUGCUUCUAUAAAUGAGAGUGAUUCUGAUAAUGAGGAUACUGAUGGUGCAGAGGAUGUUACUGUCCAUGAGGGUAAUGGUGAUGAUGGUGAUGAGACAGAGGAUGAUGAAGGUAAUGGUGAAGAUGGUGAUGAAACAGAUGAUGACAAAGAUGAUACUGAUGAUGAGGGUAAUGACAGUGAUGGAACAAAUGAGGACAAAAGUGAUGAAGAUUGGCAAUUAACACCAGCAUUUGGAAAAGCAAGCAGUGAUGAGGAAUACAAUGAAGAGGAAAAUGGUGAAUCUGAUGAAGACUUGUUUGCAACCACUCCAAGACGGUGGACCAAAACAAGAUCUUUACGAAGAAAAAAGAAAUAAGGAAUCAAAAAAAUAUCUGGUUAGUCGUAUGGCACCUUUUGGACUUGCAAGAAAGUAGAGUCUGAAAUGUGGAAACCUUAUGCCCAAGAUAUAAGCAUGUGGAUAAUAACUUUAUAGAAUAUUUGUAUAAAAUGUAAGUAGAUAUUUUUUAUAAGCUGUAGCAUAUAAUAACUCAUAGUCCUGGUGACUAAUAAAAUUUCUCAAUUUCAUGAUGCUCAAAAGAAAAAUUGCCUUCAAUUAACACCCAAAGUGACUCUAAUAUUAGAGCCAGUUAUUUACGUGACCCACUGAUCUGUAAAACAUCGACUGUUAACUGGACCGUUUCAUAAUUUAAUUCACUCAACUAUUGCUGUUUUUUUGUAUUUAAUGUUAAAUUAUUCCUCCAUCACUUUAUAAUGACAACGGACGAUGUCGAAAUGUCGUAAUCUUCUAGCGUUUGUCUUUCUAUUGAAUUUCAUUUCUAAGUCCAAGCUGAUCAAUUUCAUAAGAAAGAUUUUUUCCUGUGAAUCAGCAAACUUGUUGUGUAGUGCUUGUGUAGCAACGACAAGACUCCAAAUUAUGCAAUAGAUUAAUAUAGAAGCUAACAAAGAGUACAACAAGUUUCUAUCAUACAAUAAAAGAAGUGUAAGGCAUUUCCUAAGUGCUUUAAAUUAUUACUGAACAGAGCGUGGAAAAGCUGUUUUAUUUGUUUUACUAUAUAGUCAUUAAUUCUAUUUUGGUAUUGAAUUUUUUAUGUAAAAAGAAUGAUGAUCGCAGGAUGUAGCAGCAUCACUAAUAAAGCUCAGUUUUCGACCAAUCAGCAUGCACUUACUAUUCUAACUAUAUUAUAAACACAAAUAUAUACUCAACUUAUUAAUAAAGCAAGGAGUGGGGAGGGUUGGGGAGCUUGCGAAUGUUCUUGAAGGGAUUGCAGAGGUUUUUGAAAUUAUUGCAUGCAGUGUGUGGAUGCAUGCGAUGUGGUGGGGGGACACGGUGGGAUUUUAAAUAUUGCUAAUUAUGCAAGAAAGUCAAAUGUUAUGUCAUUCAAUCAUAUUUUUUAUAUKAAUUUACUACAAGACCAAAUAGUUAAUGUCAGGCAAAUGCAAGUGAUUAAAAUUGAGUGCAACUCACCUAGUAGAUUGUUGUUUAGUAAUUCUAGAACGUUUGAAAUUGCUUCAGUUGCUAACAUAUAUAACAUAACAUUUAGAGGGCACAAAAUAAAGGCCAGUUAACAAACAA